AUGGGCAGUGGCUUGACUCUCACAGGCUGGCUUCAGCGACACACAGGUCACUUUUGCUUCCUGGGCCUCUAUUCUGUGCUGGGGGCCAGAGAAUGCUUUGGGGCCCUUCAUUGUUUUGGGGGCUUGUUGACAGAAGGCAGAGACACAGGAGGGGCUGAUGUCCUGAGCCUCCCUGCUCUAGGGGCAGGGGCAGGGAGGAAAAUGUUUGCACUCAGUGUCGGGGCUCCCAGCCCCUCGCCCACCAGGUCCAGGGUCAACUGGUUGGAUUUUGCAACAAAUUGUUCCUUUUUUUGCCUUCUCUCCUCUCCCAGGAGCUCUCUUCUUGCCCUCUGA